AUGCACCCGUCUGUUCGAGUGCUAGCUCAUAAGCCCCUUAUCAGCUUCAUUGGAAAGCGUGUAUGGUCCGCUGCAGCAAGUCCUUCUCACCCUCAUCCAGCAGCACCUCCAGAAUGGCAAAAGUCCUUUUCUGAUAUCAUGCAGAAAGCUGCUCCUCAUAGCUCAUCUCGAGCAUCGCAAUCUCAGGACCAUCCCGUUGUCUUGGAGUUCUGGGAAGCUCCAGCACGUUUCUCGAGUCCGAGUUCGAGGUACUUGGACCAAGUAGAGAUAGAUGCCAUACUGAGUGGCGGAGCUUCUCUGCGAUAA